ACGAGGCUGGGCCGUCACGGUAUUUAGACAUGACCGGAAGCGGCGAUUUGUGGGGAAAGAUCUCCAAUAUGGAGGAAAGUUUCCGGAAAAGGGAAGAGGCACAAACGGAAAUACUGGCAAACAUCGUGUUAAAUGUCGCGAAAAUGCAGCAGACACUUGACAAGGAGAAAAAUCAAUCUCCUGAUGUGGGCGAAUUAAUAAAUGCUAAUGAGGAAGACGAGUUGGACGGCUUAUUAAACGGAGGGACACACGAUGUUUCCGAGGAUAUGAGUUCCGAUUUUUUGUCGGAUCUGGUGAAUGACUAUGAAAAGAAAACGGUUUUUGGUCCAUGCGUAAAUGAAACUCUUGGGAAAUUAGUAUCAAAUGCAGUAGAUAACGGUAUGUCGGAGGAGGACGAUAAAAAACUAUGUGAAAAGUACUUAGUACCAGAAAACUGCCAAGUGUUGAGAGUUCCAAAAGUUAACCGGGAGCUUUGGAAUGCUUUCAAAUUAAAGCGUGCUGCGGAUUUGGCACUUCAGACCUCUCAAAAAUAUCUGAGUUUGGCAAUGGUGCCCGUAAUCAAGUCCAUCGAAGUUUUGAUGGAAAAAGGGGACGUCCAACAGGUGAAAGAUCUAACUAAAGACACCUUCAGAUUGUUGUCACAAGGGCUUAACGUUACAAAUAGAAAACGGCGGGCUCUUAUUAGGCCGGCCAUCCCAGCAAAGUAUCAGAAGGUGUGUGAGGGGGAAGGGCCAACGUCUGAAUUUCUGUUUGGGGAAGAUCUAGAUCAAAAGGUUGAAAAUUGCGAAAAAGAGGAGCGGAGAUCCCAAAAGCUAGGGGGGCAUCAAGGCAAUCACAGAUCAACCUCUUUUUUAGGGCAACGCAACCAGAAAGGGAACAGAUACCACCCGUAUCCCCACAAACAGAUGUAUCAUCAAGGAAAACAAUAUCCGACUUUGGGUCGAAACAGCAAUCGGGGGAAAUCCCCAGCUCAAAGAGGACAAUAUUACAGGAAGAAAUAACUUAUGAUCAGUCACUGUAUCCAGAAAAUAAUUCUGGACAAAGUGGAAACAGCAUUGCUGAUUGCUCCAUUAUGGCCGACGCAGGUAUGGUUCAGCGAACUGCUACAACAAAUUUGUGCUCAAUCAU